AUGGGGCUGAUAGCGCCGGAUCAGUUGGGACAGUUCCCUCGUCAGCUGAAACAGACAAAGUUGUUUAUUCUCUAUAUCUUUUUAGAUAUUGAUUUACAAUCUAGUAUUCAACAACAAAUUUCAAAAUUCUCAAAAUUAUGUGACCUGAAAAUACGUUACAACAUUAAUAAUUUUGAUUUUCUUUAUUGGUUACUAAUAAAAGCACCACAUUUAAAUGAAUUCUGGAUGUCAACGGACAGUAUUUUCAAAUUUGAAAAUGAUCAUACACUACAUCCGUUAUGGCCGCUACUAAAUCGUAAAAUUAAACAUUUACACGUUGUACGAACAGAUUCAGAUAGUGUAACAACUUUGCGUCUUUUGGCCCGUUUAUCAAAUUUAUUUUCGCAAUUAAAAUAUUUCGAUCUUAAAUUACGUGAUCCAUCACUAACAUUGCUUCCAGAAGUCAUUAGUGCAAUUUUAACAAACUCGAAUUACAAACAACUUGUUUGUCUCUCAAUCGAAAGUAACCAAUAUGCAAAAAUUCAAGGUUUAAAACAUCAUUAUAAACAAAUUGUAAUGGAAAUGACAAAAUUAAGUGAAAUAGAGUUUACUCUAAAAAUACACCAGAAACGUCUAAUAAUUUGGAAGAACUAG